ACUAAUUAAUUAAACACACACACAUACAUAUACACAUACACACUCUCUUUUCCAUAUAUAUAGAGUAGUGUAGGAUCGAACAUUUUGAGAAUGAUUAGCAGCGGCGGAGGAGCGGUGAUGGAGGCGGCGGGGAUGAUGAAAUCGGGGGGCGGGAAUGUUCACGGAGGAUUAAAGAAGGGGCCGUGGACCGCGGCGGAAGACGGAAUAUUGAUAGAGUACGUGAAGAAACAUGGGGAAGGGAAUUGGAAUUCUGUGCAGAAGAAUUCAGGGUUGAUGAGAUGUGGUAAGAGCUGUAGGCUUAGAUGGGCUAACCAUUUGAGACCAAAUCUUAAAAAAGGUUCGUUUAAUCCUGACGAAGAGAGGAUCAUCAUCGAGCUUCACGCCAAGCUUGGUAACAAAUGGGCUCGCAUGGCUUCUCAGUUACCGGGAAGAACGGAUAAUGAAAUCAAGAAUUUCUGGAACACAAGAUUGAAGAGACGACAGAGAGCUGGUUUACCUAUAUACCCUCAAGAAUUUCAAGAAGAAGCUAAUGCAUAUCAUAUACAACAACAAAAUCAUCAUCACCAUCAUCAUCAUCAUCAUCAAGAUCAACAAAACCACCCGAAUUCUUCGUCUUCUUCAUUCUCAUCCUUGCUGUCUUCGACUCGAAAAAACGCGUAUAAUAAUCCGUCUCUUUCGCUACUCGAUCCGAUUAAUUUCUCCCAAGUGCCGUUGGAUCCUACCCUUCAAUACUAUUCAAAUCCGUCCCUUCAAUUCAAGUCAUUUAGCGACAACAAUGCGAAUAAUAAUAGUCCUUUAGCUUUGCCUCUGUCUCCGGUCUCUCAAUAUGCACGAUCGCCUUCGUGUUUAAGUCCGUUCAGCCAAAACUACGUGCCUCAACCGAUCCCAACGACGCCCUCUUCGCUUAAUUACAGUACCGUGGAUUACGAGAAUCUGAGCUUUACUUCAUUGAUAAUGGGAGGUCAAGUUGAGCCAAAUGACGGCUUUAAUAUUAUUGACGGUUUGAAGUCUGAGCUCCCUUCAGUCCAAACUCCGCCUUCGUUCUCGUCAAAUACUAGCGGAGGUGGUGUCUGUGUUGGGGAGGAAUCGAGUAAAAAUACCGACAAUGGCGGAGACAGUGAAACUGCUCUAACCGAGAUGCAGGAGAAUAGGAACAGUGGGUUGUUGGAUGCUUUGGUACUGGAAUCUCAUAAUUUGUCUAGUAAGGAAAAAAUGAAUGGUGAUAAGGGGAAACAAGCUGUUAAUUCGCCCCCGGAUGGCGAAGAAGAGAGUGACAACGAUGACGAAGAGGUGGUGUAUGCUGCGAAACGUAUCAAGUUGUCGCCGACAAAUGACGGCGAGGCGUCCGGUGAAAACCACUAUUCUGAUGAAAUCAGUUCUUCUCAAUCAUCCAUUGAGAUGAAACAAAGUGAAGAACCAAUGGAGGAAAUGAAGGCCAUGGAUGAUGAUGACUUAUCGAGUUUGCUCGACAACUUCCCAUCAUCGACACCCUUGCCAGAGUGGUAUCGAAGAAGAAAUGUAUCAAAUGAAUUGUCACCCACCACGACGGGUGACGGUAGAGGAGUUGAAGUUGAUCAACAAGAUGUUUCGCUGCCUCAACCCACAACCACACAAGAUAAUCCAAAUAUUGAAUGGGGAUUUGGAUCUUCAUAUUGGAAUAACAUGCCAAGCAUUUGCUGAUGAAUGUUGCAUAUAUAUCCUCUAGGGUUAAAAUUUAACACGAUUACUGAGUUAUAAGGUCUUUUAUAUAACAAUUAUCAUCGUUUCAUUUAUUACAUUGUGAUAAUCGAACUUUUAUUUUUAUAUCAACGAGAGGUUACCACAGUUAUUUGUGACAACAAACACGUUAGUUUCCUCUCGUCAAUAUAAAAAUGAAAAUUCAGUUAUUAAAAUAUAACAAAUGAAACGGUGAUAACCGUUCUGUAAGAUUAUAAUUCAGUGAUCACAAUUUUUACAACCCGUAUCAUUUACAAGGAAACUUGUCAAAUGAUCAUGAACAAAGAAGAAGAAAAAAAGAGAAAAAGGUGAUAGCUAGAAGAAAAGAUCAAUGGUACUUUAUGUGCAUGGUUUUCUUUAUCCUCUAUCUAGAGAGAUAAUUAGGUAUUAUGAUAUUUUAGGCUUUUUUUAAUGUUGUUGGUAGACUUAAUGUUAAUUUAGUGUUUGCUUAAUGUUGCUUCUAUGCUUCUAGAUUUGUAGAAGAACACCAAAAAAAUCCUUAAGUCAGCGUAUCUUUGUAUAUAUCAUGCUUGUAGAACAUUAAUUAGUGUUUGCAGUAUAAUAGAUUAGUUUUAAGCCACUGAUUAUUUCGAUUGUUUUA